UCAACAAGCAAGGCAAUCAUGCAUGAUGCUGUGAGGAGUUAGCUAUGGCUAAUAUAUUUUCAUAAAACAGUUUUAGGCUUUUUUCUACCAUAUAAUUUGGCUGAUUUGUGAGUAGCCAUGUUGUCACUGAGGGAGAAGGACAAACCUAUCAUCAAGAAGCUGAUGGAUGCUGGGUGCUGUGGUCGCUGCAUCCUGCGAUUCUGCAGCAUAGGCACACAGUCUGCAUAUCGACUCUCCACUGAGGCCCUCCAAAAGGAGCUCAGUUCUUUCAUCAUCAGCAAUAAAGAGGACACACCAACACCACCACCACCACCACCACUGCAGAGUGAAACCAACUCUCACACGCCCUCCGAUGAUGAUCCUCCCCCCAAGAAGAUAAAGCUGGACCCAGACAACGGCAGUGAGAAUGGAGGUCAGCAGGAAAGGGUUCCCAUGGUAGCAUUGGAAGCCGCCACAGCAGACAAGAAUGGCACUGAAGAUGGGGACAACAAGAGUGGCAUAUUGGAAUCAAACAGGGUGACGUUGGAAUCCACAGCAGAUGGCACAGAGGGCACCAUGGGUGUUGGAGGUGGUGGUGUCUGUGUGGCAUGUCUUGGGGUAUUACAGGACUUUUGCAGUCCCGAGUUCGCCAAAAAGAUUUCCGAGACGGUGAAGUCUGAAGAAUAUGUGUUUGAGGACUUGGUGUUGUCCGUGUCGCUGCCAGCUCAGCUGUCUGUCAGAGAGCAUUCUUGCUGGCUUCAUGUGAAAAAGGAAGUCAGAGAGAAGGCCAUGGUCCUGGAUAAAGAGGACGUCAUCCAUGUGAACAAGGCCUUCAAGUGGGCCAUCCAGGGCACGCUGUCCCAGGAGCUCAAGAAACCCGUGGUCACCAGGAGUCCUUUCGAGGUGGCCGUUGGUUUCCUCCAUCCAGACACAGAUGCCGACUGCCAUUUCCUGGCAGAGGCCUGCUCUGACUGCUUUAAGCCAACGAAGAACAAGGAGUCGGUGUUCACCAGAAUGGCCGUGGUCAAGGCCGUGGAACAGAUCAGCGACAAGAAAUUCCUCAAAGAGUACCCUUCUCCUCCCACUAGACCUAAGGAAGCAUGUGUCCCUCAAGACACGACGUGUCUACACGUCUCCGCCUUUGUUGCAGGGCGAUACAACAAGUUCUGCCGGACGCUGCCCCAGACGCCGUGGGUGAUUGACGGGGAGAGGAGGAUGGAGUCAUCAGUGGAGGAGCUGAUUGCUGCACCGCUGCUCAACGCCUUCAGAUCAGAGAGUUUCAACUUCUCCUCAUCGGGCAGAGAGGAUGUGGACGUUCGAACCCUUGGCAAUGGUCGUCCAUUUGCUAUGGAGCUGCUCAAUCCCCAUAGAGCACGCUUCAACAGGAUGGAGAUCCGGCGGAUACAGGAGGAAAUCAACAAGUCCACAGACAAAAUCCGUGUGAGAGAUCUUCAGAUGGUAACAAGGGAUGCGAUGAGUCGUAUGAAGGAGGGAGAGGAGGAGAAGACCAAGUGUUACAGCGCCCUCAUCUGGAGUCGGAAGGCAAUAACAGAAGAGGACAUUAAAUUCAUUGCCAACAUGAAGGAUCUGGAGAUCGCCCAGAAGACUCCGUUGCGUGUGCUGCACAGGCGGCCGCUGGCCGUGCGCCAGAGAGUCAUACACAGCAUGGACACCAGCUACAGAGACGCCCACCACUUCACUCUCAUGCUCAAGACACAGGCCGGGACGUACAUAAAGGAGUUUGUGCACGGCGACUUUGGGCGCACCAAGCCCAACCUGGGGGAACUGAUGAAGGCGGAGGUGGACAUUCUAGAACUGGACGUGGAGUCUGUCGAUGUGGACUGGCCUCCCGCCAUCCCAGAAUGACCUCUUCAAAAAAAAGCCCAUCCCCAUGAUCUGACCUCCUGACCGCCCUGACCAACCAUGGACACAGAGGACCACUCACUGAGGACAUUAGAGCUCUUCCCGGCAACUGUUACCACGGGAACAGACACAGACGUUCUGGGAAGACAUUGCUUUUUUUUUAGGCCAAGUUACCCAGAUGUGGAGAAAUCAAAAUGGAGUCAUAACGUGUGUGUGUGCAAGUCAAAACACCAAACUCGCAUCCUUUCCUAUGAUCGUUGAAUGGAAUUGGUGAAUUGAUUUGUACAUUGCGUGUCAUUGGCCUUGUUUGAAACUGUCUGGCUGAAACCAAUACAUUUUGGAUGUGAAAUAGUGAUAUGUUGUUAAAAAAAAGCAUUUUGGAUGUGAAAUAGUGAUAUGUUUGGAACCAACUAUCUUUUUUUUUACAACCUGAGUUAGUGAGUCACCAACCCGACAGACUGUUUUCAAACAGCCACUAAAGUCCUUAGAGUACUGGAGGAUAUUGCAAGACACAUGUAAUCUCUUACCAUAUUACCUCAGCUAUAGGUAAACCUCAUUUUUUUUCUGGAUUUAUUGUCCUUGUACAAAAAAAAAAAACAUUCUUUCAGUCAGUCACCUUGGGAAGUUGGCCAAGACAUAGUUCAUUUUCAAAUGUAUUAUUUUUAUUUUGCUUUUUUUUUAGUGAAAUUUGACAGAAAAAAAAUGUGGUUGUACCAUCUUGAGUGGAAAAGGAAGACAUUGGAUGACUCGCUGUGUUUGACUGAAAAAUAAGUUGGUUGCAUGUGUGUCAUAGGAUUCAGUUAGUGGCUGAUUUUUCUGUUGCAUCCAAUAAAAUAAGUUAUUUUUCAGUUACAA